AUGGAUGUCUCAUUCGAAGUCUACCGUGGUUCCCCUAGUAGCCAUAUUGUAUCGGACACCACCACUCGAAGACUUGGACUCAAUGAGGUCUAUAUUGAAAUCACCCACUCGGGCAUUUGUGGAACGGAUGAGCACUUUUUGAAAUCAACCCAGGUGCUCGGUCAUGAGGGCGUUGGAAUUAUCAGGCUUCUGGGUUCAAACGUGACCACAGUCAAGGUUGGCGAUCGCGUUGGGUUUGGAUAUGUGCGCAAGGUCUGCGGUGCCUGUGAUAAUUGUGGGAUUGGCUGGGAUCAAUACUGCCGGAGUGCUAGGGUUUACGGUGAAUGUGACUUUGAUAUCGGCACCUUCUGCCAUGGCACAGUCUGGGAUGCUAGUUGCAUCUUUGUUAUCCCUGAUGGCUACUUAUCUGAAGAUGCUGCACCUCUCAUCUGUGCUGGGGCCACGGUCUGGAACUGCUUGACCCAUUUUGGAGCCCGGCCAGUAGAUCGGGUCGGCAUCGUGGGCGUUGGAGGCCUGGGCCACUUAGCUAUUAAAAUUGCCGCCGAGAUGGGAUGUCACGUUGUGGUUCUGUCUCGAUCCGACGAUAAGAAAGAGGACGCGCUGCAAUAUGGUGCAGACGAGUUUUAUAUCAUGGAUCAGAUUGAUCGCGCCUCCUUUCGGCCGUUAAAGCAUUUGUUGCUCUGUGGAAGUUACUUGGGCGACCUAGCAUCAUUGAUACGUCUUAUGGAUACCAACGGGACUAUUUAUCCCAUGACUGCUACUUUGACAGAAACACUCGUUCCAUUCCUCCCCAUGAACAGUCGUGGGAUUCGAAUCCAAGGAACCAGGGUCGCUUCCCGACAGGAUCUCCGAGAACUGAUCGAGUUCUGCAAUCGCAAAAAGAUCAAGCCCACGAUUGUGAAGUUUCCUAUGACACCAGAUGGUAUCAAAGAGGCGAUGCAGAAAUUGAAAAAUGGGGAAAUAAAGUAUCGGGCAGUUCUAGUUCGUGAGCUGCCUCCGGUAGCAACUCCCGUAGGAUGCCUGGGCGUUUGA